AUGUUUUAUAACAAGGUUGUUUUUAUACUUCUUCUUGUAUCUUGGUUAUGUUCAACGGGUAAUUCUGUUGUUUUAACGCCAAAAAGACCAAUACAAUCGCAUAUUACUGGUGGAUAUAAGAAAUCUUUAACGAAGAAUGAUGCAUCUAAAUUGGAUUGCAGCGAAUUCAGCAGUGAUUAUGAUGUUCUUCAACAAUUUCCUUUCCCAAUUUUAGUUAAUCCAAUCCAGGAACUAUAUAAUCAAAGUACGGCUACUAUGGAUGAAAAUGAUGUUUCCGUCAAAAAAAUUUAUUUCUAUGCCGAAGAAGUAGUUCCAUCAAGUGUAUUUUGUUUAUCGAAACUUCAAACAUUAGAUAUUAGAAUGACACCUUUUCAUAAUGGUAUUGUACCAAAUAAUUUGGCAAAUUUAAAACUACUUCGUCAUCUUUGGAUUUAUGAUACAUCUAUCUUAAAAAUAUCAGAGCAAUUGGGAACACUUAAUAAUCUUGUAAUGAUAGUUUUGAGUAAUUGCUCAUUGACUCAUUUGCCGAAUCUUAGUAAACUUCAACAAUUAACGAUUCUUGAUAUACCUGAAAAUCGAUUAUCGGAAGUAGAUGGAAUGCCUGGUGUGUUGAUGAUGGAUCUCCGAGACAAUUUUUUCAAAGAAAUACCCACAACAAACAAAAAAGAACGUAUUACGUACAUAAUCAUGGGUAACAAUCCCUUAAAAAGCAUUGAAUCAAUUACUUCAUACACCAAUUUGGAAGGUCUUUAUUUAAGAAAUACAACACUUAAAUUCAUUCCUCCUACUAUUGGUAAAUUAAAGAAACUUAAAUAUCUUGAGUUAUCGGAUAAUCAAUUAUCUCAAUUUCCGAAAAAUAUACUUAAUUUACCUCAUCUUGAAACUCUCGAUAUCAAAAAUAACUUGUUGUCUAGUGAAGAGAUUCAAUCAAUUCAAAAGGAAUUCGCAAUAUCUCAUCCAAAUGCCGAACUAAUUGUUUAA